AUGGUCGAUGCAAACCGCAGCAAGGCCCCUGGGGGCUCGGACGCUGGAAACCCUGCGUCAGUUCCCACGCGCGAUCCAUCUAUCCGGGACGGGAGGCUCAUGUUCUCUUCACAGAUGGAGUGCGUCAAGCGUAACAUCGGCCACCUGUGCACCAAAGAUGAGCGUCAGGCGCGAGCCAAACGCUCAAAGACAGAGCACAAGGACAAACCGGCUACCAAGACCGAUCUGCCCUCAAACGGAGAAGAUGAAGCGGAAGCAGAGGAGACAAUCCAGCUCUUGGAGCAUUUCGUCGCAGGAACUCCUCAUCCAAACGUCCCUGUCCCCGGUCUGGUCGGACCGGCGCCCUCGUCGGUGGCGCCAGACUUUCCGAAUCGGUAUUGGUUGAGCAAUGACCCCAGGCGACACGGGGAGAAACUCGCCCUGAUCCAAGAGAUUGUCGACGCGAUGCCCGAGUUGGAGACAGUCUAUGCGCUCUUUGAAGUAUUCGUCACCCGUUGCCAGGGUCCCUUGGGCAACGUGGUGCACACCCCGACCUUCUCAAAGCAAGCCGAACAGCUUGGCAAGUGCUUGAGUCUUGCCUCACCAGACUCGCGCGUCUUGGCCAUAUCGGGGACAGUCACCAUGGAGGCAUUGGGAUGUUAUCUCUUAGCGCUCGUGCUCGGUCUUGCGUUUCAUCCUACGCCCUCUGUACUAGGAUGGGCCCCUACGCCUUCGGCCAUGCGGGUGGAGGAGCUGCGAGCGUCCGAUAUACGCUCCAAGACAUGGAGAUCUCUGAGCUUGCGAUGUCUCCAGGAUGGAGUGUCUCUGUUUUGUGGGUCAAUCACCGGCCUACAGGCCGCAGUGAUGCUUUUGCUGGACGGUCAAGAAAGCUCGUUGGCGCUGGACGCCAUCUUAGUCACUGCAAUUUCUGGAGCCCGCAAACUGGGUUUGCAUCGAUUAGGUGAUUUCAAGCUGAACCCCUCUGCUUCGAGCCCAACCCCACUGGGAAAUGGGACGCCGGAACCGGUGGAGCCGCUAUAUAUUCGAACAGAAGUAGGCGUGCGCAUUUGGUGGGCACUGGUCCUGAGAGAUUGGUCGCGCGGACAAGCCCUCGGCUACUAUACCAUCCGCCCCACACACUUUAACACUCGGAUGCCGUUGCAUAUCAACGACGACGACCUCUGUCUCUCGACGUGGAGGGUGAAUGCCCAUGGAGACGUGACGGAACGACCUCGAUCCGAAUUCACCAUGAUGUCAUAUACCAUCCACGCCAUCGAACUCGGAGGCAUCGUACGCGAAUCUAUCGAUAUUUGGGGAUUGCAGACUCAGCAAUCCAAUGCAGCUGCCGAGCCUGCCAAGUGGCGCAAACAUCUCAACAACAAGUACGAAAAGUACGUGGCCGGUCUACCGUCACAUUUCCGGUUGGGUAGCAGUGUAGGACUCACCGCCGCUGGUCCAUUAGCCGCGAUUCCCGUACAGCGGUGGAUGCUGCAUCAGCAACUAUGGAGCUUUCUCCUCCGACUGCAUCGAGCUACUCUCUCGUCGCCGAUUGGUCGUGCGUCCUGUCAGCUUCUGGCCCAAAAUAUCAUCGGCACUCAGGCUCAAAUUCAGGCACGAUGUACUGUUUGUGGCUCGCUGUCCACCAGCGAGGUUCAGCUCUUCAACGCGGCCGUUGUGUUGCUUCUUGACCUAAUCUUCACCUCCGAGCAAGAGGGUGCGGAUAGUGCAAGUGCACACCUCAGCCGAUUGAUGACUCGUGACAAGAUCAGAGAGGCCAUCGAACUACUGCGAACCAAAAGCAUGACCGAAGGAUCGCGGAUUCACGAUUUACACUCCGAGCAAAUCGUAGGGUCCGCUCAGCGCAGCGUCGAUACUUUGGAAGCGUUGAUGAAACUGGAAGAGGGCGAGCCCAGUCACACCGCGGCGAAUCAGACCGAAGACCCACUGGCUGCGAAGCCCUCGCUCCGAGCUAAAGUGACUGCGAUUCUCAGUGGCCUGAGCGGCAGGGCUGACCCCGUCGGCGUAUCCGUGCAGGGGCAGCAAACCCUCUUUGACCCUUUCUCGCCGUUUGAUGUAUCAACACCAUUGGCCAAUGUCGGGGACGGGUUCCACGACUUGGACGUGCUGCCGAUUCUCUCCAAUGGCUACAGCCCAGAUUUCUACCAAUACUUUGACUUUCUCACGCCACAAUUUGAGCCUCAGCCCCAGCUCAAGGAAGCCCCCUAUACAACGCUGGGCGACCUGACUGGCCCUCUGGGUCUGGGGACCUUACAAUUUGCCAGCCCGUAUAGUAGUGUUUCUGGUACUCGUAUGACCCACACGUCGGCUUCGUCGCUCCAGAGCGAACCCAUCGGGCUGGGUGGAGACAGCGACUCCGCCACGACUCCUUCUAGUGCCGAUGCCUACGUUGCCGCGAAGUUUUACCACGCCAUGGGGGACGGGGCCUUGGCUCCCAUGUAA